AAACCUCCCCCGUUCCCUCGCUCCCCUUCCUCCUUCCUCGAUCCCCUCGCGACAAUGGUCUACACAAACUCCUCCCUUUCUCCCCUUCUCCCCCAACCUCUUCCCCCAACCCAAUGUCUCCAAAAUUUCCUCCCUCACCUCUAACCUUCUUCUUCGCUCUCGUCGUCCUCGCGCUCCCAUCCCUAGCCGCCGCCUCCUCUUCCUUCGCGCUCCCCACCAUCGCGAUCGCCGCCGUCGGCGCCAACACCACCUCCCCGCACCACCUCGCCUGCGGCCUCGUGUCCACGGGCACCGAUUACCAUCUCUCCUGCGCCAGCGUCUCCAAUCGCUCCGCGAGCCCCCACGAGUACGGCCAUGGCGAAGGCCGCGGUGGUGCUAGUACUACGCCGUUCUCCGCCGUCGUCGCCGGCGAUGGAUAUGUCUGCUCCGUCGGCCCGACUUCGUCAAAUCCGGAGUCCAUGCGCUGGUGGGACCUCGCCGAUGAAGAGAAGCCGUCCAAGAGGGUGUACAGGGGCGCGGAGCUCUCCGCCGUGGCGGGCGGCGGGGAGUACGUCUGCGGGCUCGUGGAGACGAGGAUCCAGUGCUGGAGGUGGCCAUGGGCACCCUUGCCGAAAGAUGUUGGGUUCACAGCGGUGGCUCUGGGUGGCGGGUUUGUUUGUGGCCUGGUGGUAGGGACAGGGGAGGUGAAGUGCUACGGUGAUGGGGACGCGGUGGGGCGGGAGCCGAGGGGCAGGUACAUGCUGCUCGCGGCGGGCGAGAGGCACGCCUGCGCCGUGGACGACGCAGGGAUGCUUGAUUGCUGGGGAGAGGCCGCAGCCGUCGCGGCCGCGGCGCCGCCUAGGCUGGUUCGCUCGGUGUCCACGGUGGCGGUGGGCGACGGCGUCACGUGCGUGCUGUGGGGGAACUGGACGGCCUCCUGCUGGCCCGAGGCGGAGGCGGCGCCGCCGCAGGCCAUGGCGCAGCGGCAGUUCGUCGCGCUGGAGGCCAAGGGGAAGGUGGUUUGCGGCGUGCUCAUGUCCGACUACUCGAUGGUGUGCUGGGGCGGGGACGUCGCGGGCGGUCUCAGCAAGGUGUUCGACAAGGUGCUGCCUGGCCCGUGCGCGCCGUCGGGGUCGUGCCCGUGCGGCGUCUGGUCGGGCUCCGCUGCUCUCUGCGGCGACUCCACCGGCUACGGCGCCGCCAUCUGCUACCCCUGCGGCUACACCCCGCCGAUGAUGCUGCAGGUGCCUAGCACGUCUCAGUCGACGGGCAAGAAGCAGCGGCCGAUCAGUGAUCUGGCGAUCGCAUUGAUCUGUGUUGGCAUCGGGUCGGGGCUAGGGACCCUCUUGGCCGCGCUCUCGGUCGCCUACUGCCUGCGCCAGCGCAGCGGCAGCGGCAGAAGCAGCUCCCACGGCUCCGGGCGAAUCCACGCCGAGCCGACAUCGGCAACAAUCCCGGCGCCGCCGCGCGUGCCGCGGCGGCUCAGCGCGCUGCUCUCCAAGGGCCCGAACACGACCGUGGAGCAGUUCCCCCUGGCCGCGCUCCGUGCCGCCACGGGCGUCUUUUCCCCGUCCCACCGCAUCGGUUCCGGCAGCUUCGGCGCCGUCUACCGCGCUUCCCUCCCCGACGGCCGCGAGGUCGCCAUCAAGCGCGCGGAGCGCCGCGACACGGGUGGCGCCUCGUCCUCCGCCGCAGCAGCCGCGGCACGCCGCGUGAACCACGAGUCGGCCUUCGUGUCGGAGCUCUCGCUCCUGUCGCGGCUCAACCACAAGAACCUGGUCCGGCUGCUCGGGUUCUGCGCGGACGGCGGCGAGCACAUCCUGGUGUACGAGUUCAUGCCCAACGGCACCCUCCACGACCACCUCCACAAGCGCCCGGCGCCGCUCUCCCCGCCGCUGGCGUCCUGGCCGGCCCGCCUCCGCCUCGCCCUCGGCGCCGCGCGCGGCAUCGAGUACCUGCACACCUACGCCGUUCCCCCCAUCAUCCACCGCGACAUCAAGUCCUCCAACAUCCUCCUCGACGCCACCUGGUCCGCCAAGGUCGCCGACUUCGGCCUCUCGCUGCUCAACAACAGCAGCAACGCCGGCGACAACAACGAACCAUUGGUCACGGCGGGCACGGUGGGGUACAUGGACCCGGAGUACUACCGGCUGCAGCACCUGACGGACAAGAGCGACGUGUACAGCUUCGGGGUGCUGCUGCUGGAGCUGCUGUCCGGGUGCAAGGUGAUCCAGAGGUACGAAGGGAGCGGCACGCCACGGAACGUGGUCGACAUGGCCGUGCCCUACAUCGAGUCCGACCGCGUGCACCGGGUGCUCGACAUCAGGCUCCCGCUGCCCACGCCGGGGGAGAUGGAGGCCGUCGCCUACGUCGGCUACCUCGCCGCGGACUGCGUACGGCUGCCGGGGCGCGACCGGCCCUCCAUGAGCGAGGCGGUCGGCGUGCUCGAGCGUGCCGUGGCGGCGUGCGAGGAUGACGAGGACGGCGCUGACGAGGCUGCGCUGUCUCGGUCAUGCACCGAUGGGUCCGCCACCAUGUGACGUGGCAGAGUGAAUGCAUGCCAUGUCAUUCAAACAGCCAUUGCAUUAUCUCGCGUACCAAAGAACACGUACCGGGGAGCUUCUUGAGGAAUAUGAUGCUGUGUAGUUACUUAUGAGUAGUAACGUAUUAGUAUUGACAGAUUGAUAGUUAAUUAGUUACGGAAAUUUUAGUACAAAUGCCCUUUUUUUGUGUGGAUAAUUUAACAGGAAAAGAUUUUGCUUUGCCUAAUUGAUGGGCAAGAAACGAAAUGUA